GCUCCUUCCCUUCAGGAUCGCAGCCGCCAUUCCAUUGCGUUUGAUUUGGUUUGAUUUGCAGGCUAGCUAGGGCAGCCGCCGGCGCCGGGCAUGGCUCGCAAGAAGGUGACCCUGCAGUGGAUCGCUAACGACUCGACCCGGCGCGCCACCUUCAAGAAGCGGCGCAAGGGGCUGAUGAAGAAGGCGAGCGAGCUGGCGACGCUGUGCGACGUGGACGCGUGCGUGGUGGUGUACGGCGAGGAGGAGUCGCAGCCGGAGGUGUGGCCAGACGUGGCCGAGGCGGCGCGGGUGCUGGCCCGCUUCAAGGCCAUGCCGGAGCUGGACCAGUGCAAGAAGAUGAUGGACAUGGAGGGCUUCCUGAACCAGCGCAUCGACAAGCUGAAAGAGCAGCUGCACAAGGCGCAGCGCGAGAACCGCGAGCGCGAGACCACGCUCCUCCUGCACGACGCCAUCGUCGGGCGCCGCCCGGGCCUCGCGGGCCUCUCCGCCGAGGAGAUCGCCGGCCUCGGGUGGAUGGUGGAGAACCGCCUUCACGGCGUCAGGGAAGCCAUCGAGCGCCUCCAGGCCGCCGCCGACAAGGGCGGCCAGGGCCAGCAGUUCAGCGGCGUCCCCCCGACAAGCCUGCAGCUGCAGCUGCCCUACAGCAUCAUCGGCCCCGCCGGGCACACGGACGUCCAUCAUCAGGCGCCGCCCCCGCACCCGCACCCGCACCCGCACCCGCAGGGCAGCUGGCUGAUGGAGGUGGCCAAGGCCGGAGGGGACCUCGGUGCGCUCGUCUACAGCGGUUUUGGUGGUGGGCGCGGGAGCGUCGGAGGCGCCGGCGGCACCAGCACUGAGGUGGCAGACAUGCUGCCUCAUCUGGGCGGUUUUGGCGCCGGAUUUGGGUGGCCUGAUCCUGGCCUUUCUCCUCCUUUCCCUCCGAUGUAA